CUGCGAGGAAGGGCCACGCGGCACACCAGUCAUAAUGUUGAUUGUGAGGGUUUCUUCAUGAUCGUAGACACUCAUCCAAAGUCUACUUGAUCUGCUAUUUCAAGACCACUCAACCGUAACCUGAUCACUUCCGGUCAUGAUAUAUACCGCUUUCUAUACUUUACUCGACCACAGCCUUCACAGCCCAGCUAGGACGAAGUCGACGAUGGAACUGUGCUUUCAUCCGUACCAUUAUCCUUGCCUUCGUCCUUGCCCUUCUCCUCAGCUGGCGCCUUCAGCGUCCUGUCUGCGCCAUGGUCCUGCUGGUCCUUGCCUUUGCCUCCAUCCCCAGUCUCGCGCUUGCCAUUGUUGUCGUUGUCGUUGUCGUCCUCCUCGAGAAGCUCUGGGGGCAAGUUGCCACCAAACGAGGCGAGCAGGGCAUCGAGCUUGCUCUCUAGGCUCGACAGGUUGGCCUCGAGGGCUGCGGCGUGUUGUUCACCCCUGGCGAGAUCCUGGAAGGCCUAGACUCUCCGUGUCAGCCCAGUGCCAAUGCCGGUGUCAGUGCGUGGCGUCUGGGGAGGGGGAAAGGGAUAUGUCAAGUUUGUUUCCGGCCCAUUAGAGCAGCCUGCCGGUCUGGUCUGGGUACGGCCCGGUCUCGACUCUGCCACUGGCUCUCUUCAAUUAGAGAGAGAGAGAGG